GCCUAGGAGCGCGCCGCUGAGAGACUCUGUGUGGGUUCUCCCAGGCAAGGAUAAAACUGUUUGUCUGCGUUUUGGGGAACACCGUCGGAAACUUAUCAUCCAUCCAACUGUAGGCUACUACUGGCCACCGAGACACGUGAUUGGAAUCACCAUUCUGCCCGCGUCCUCUCUCCCUCCCCGCGGAUGUUUUUUUACUGAAUUGCUCGAGAUAAUCACGGAUUGAGGAUUAGUUCUAUUAGGGUCCUAUGCUGUGGGGCUAGCAUGAGACAGAGCCCAGCACCGAUCCAGCGCUCCAUGGACAUACCCUUCCCCAGUGCCCGGGAGGCAACUCGGCUUCUGUAAAUGAGGUGGCCAUGGAGAGACGAAGCGGCUGUGGAGUACAUCAGAUCUGCUUUCUGUUUCUCUUACUGUUUUCACUGUAUCCUGUCUGCUGUCGAGCCAGUUGGAUGUGGUUGGGAAUAACCUCCGUGGGAGUACCGGAGAAACUGGGCUGCGCCAAUCUCCCGCUGACGCACAAGCAGAAGGACCUGUGCAAGAGAAAGCCCCAUCUCCUUCCAAGCAUCAAGGACGGCGCCCGCAUCGGCAUCGCGGAGUGCCAGACGCAGUUCGAGCACGAGCGGUGGAACUGUUCCACCACCAAAGAGCUCUCUGUGUUCGGCUACGAGCUAACCAGUGGGACCAAGGAGACGGCGUUUAUCCACGCGGUGAUGGCGGCGGGGCUGGUCCAGGCAGUGACUCGCUCCUGCAGUGCGGGCAACAUGACGGAGUGCGGCUGUGACACCAGCCUGCAGGGCACAGGCUCGCCCAGCGAAGGGUGGCACUGGGGCGGCUGCUCAGACCAUAUCCAGUACGGUACAUGGUUCAGCAGGAAGUUCAUAGAUAAUGCAGUGAAGAAUAUGUCCUCAGCCAGGGGAGGGGAUGCACUGCUCACCAUGAACGAGCACAACAGUGAAGCCGGGAGACAGGCCGUCGCCAAGACGAUGGCCACCGACUGCCGUUGCCACGGCGUGUCGGGCUCGUGCGCCGUGAAGACGUGCUGGCGCACCAUGGCGUCGUUCGAGCGCGUGGGCAACUUCCUGAAGGAGCGUUACGAGGGAAGCGUGCAGGUGCUGGACCGCUCCAAGAGGAAGGUGAGGAGGAAGGAGAAGGACCAGCGCCGCGUGCCCAUCGGGAAGGAAGAACUUAUCUUCCUCAACAAGUCUCCUAACUACUGUCUGGAGGACCGGCGCUGGGGCGUGGCGGGCACUAGAGGGCGCCGGUGUAACCGCACCUCGGCCGGCCCCGACGGGUGUAACCUGCUCUGCUGCGGUCGGGGGUAUAAUACGCACGUGGUUCGCCACGUAGAGAGGUGCGAGUGUAAGUUUGUGUGGUGUUGCUAUGUGAGGUGUCAGAAGUGUGAGAGCAUGAACGACAUGCACACCUGUAAAUAGGGAGAGGGAGGCAGGUGAUGGCACACACACACACACACACACACACACACACACACACACACACACACACACACACACACACACACACACACACACACACACACACACACACACACACACACACACACACCGUCCCCAAUGAGAGACUAAAAGACUCCCCCCAUCAAUCCUCUCUCCCAUGGACAAGAGGGGCGCAGCAUCAACAACCCUCCAUUUCAACCCUCAGGAAGACAGUAUUUAUACACCACAUCAGCAGAGGUGGACAAAGACAGUGGAAAAUAGUUGACUUUUGAAUGGCCUAUCAGGGCCCAGCCUUGUAGGAGGCUAUCCAAUGGGACAGGAGUUCCACAGUGUUUCAGAGGCUUGAGGAUCCACACACUCUGACUACCAAACAUGGACAUCUUCACAAUUCACUCGGAUGAGUAGAAAUGAGCCCUGAAACUCAGACUCCAUGAUAAAAACAAACGGAACUUUGAUGGAAGUUAAAACCUCACUCUUCAAGUCUUCAAAUGGACUCGGUGAAGGGUGUGUAAGAGGACAAACAAAGGGACCAAAAAGUGCUUGUAGGGGGUGGCAACCCUGUCCUGCAGGGCCGCAACAGCUUUAAAAGACUGUAGAGUAGAUGCAGUAAACAGUGUCUGUACAUUUCCAGAUCAGAACAAAGUCUCAUAUAGACAACAGAAGGCUAGAGCCAUAGACAGUACAGGGAUUGGGCAACCGUCAGUGGUUGCCAUCUUUUGUGUAAUUUCUAUGGCUCUCUUACAGGCUAGGGAGUAAGGACAGAUCCUGCUUCCACCCAUGGCUUUAUGGUGAUCGAUGGUGGAUAGGUUAGGCGUAUUCUCGUUGGAAAGCUUGCAGUAUCAAUGCAUAGAAAGACGUCUUGAAAUAAUCAUUCAAAAUUGUAUUUUAUUUUUGGAAUAAACGGUUAAUGAGUUAAAAAGGAUAUGGUACCAUGCCAUUGUUUUAGAACCUAAAAUGUUUGUUUUGUACUAUUCAGAUCGCAAAAUUCAGGGCAGAGUGAAGCUACAGGUGCUUUAAUUGAGAAUAUGUCAGAUGACGUAGUAUUUUUGUAAAUUGUUUACAUUUUGUAAAUAUUAAAUUAUGCUGUAUCACACGACGAGAGUGUCUUAAGAUUCAAGCCCAUCCAAUGCUCUCAGACAUACAGCAUGUGUUUGUCAAACCGUACCAUUUCAUGUGUUGGUGUUCUGUUUGUCAUCAUUGUAUUACUAAGGUCCUUUGUUAUCCUUUUGCUGUCCGAUCCACUCUUUCUCUUUCCUGUGUUUGUGUUUGGAUCCAAAACCAGCUAUAAAUGAGGGAAUGCAUGAAUGGAAUGGAGCAGUUUGUUCUCAAUAGACCCACUGGCAGCAGGACCAUGGAGAUGCUUGAGUUGGUUUCUGAGCAUUCCUCUUGCUGUCUCUAAGAAUUUAAGCCUAUUCCGUCUCUUCCUCCCGCUCCUUUCGUUUCCUCUCUCACUCUCUUCCCAUUUUCAGUCUCUCUAUUCCUUUACCUCUGUCCACCUCUCUCUCUCGCGCUUUCAUUCUCUCUUUCUCUCUCUUGUUCUCUCUCUCUCUCGCCUGAAUGAGAGGCUGUGCUAUGUGAGAAGUGGCGAUGCUAUGCUAAAUACCGCGCGUGCUUUCUCUUAACGUGCCCUUAAAAGUCUAACGAUACUGACCCUUAAAUUUCCCUGAAGC